GUGUUCGGAGUCCAGCCCCAGAGCCCGCCCUGCGAGGUGUCUCUGGUCAUCAGCGGUGCUGCCGGUCUGUUCUCGCUGGCCCCCGUCAUCCCCAGCGAUGGACCCCAGGACAGCCCUCUGCCUCCUGCUCAUGUGCAUUGCCCCGGGUACGUACUCCCAGGGGAACUGUCUCUGCGCUCGUGGCUUUUGUGACGAAGGCUGGGUGCAGUAUAAAGACUCCUGCUAUAAAGCUGAGAUGACACCGACAAAAUGGACCGACGCUGAGGUGGCAUGUCAGAGCCAGAAGAAGCACGCCCACCUGGCUUCCAUCCACAGCGCGGAGGAGAAUGACUUCAUCUUUCAUCUGAUGGGCAAGCUGCAGGAUUACACCAAAGGGCAGGCGUACUGGAUCGGCGGACAUGAUACGUUCAAGGAGGGAUCCUUCAUGUGGACAGAUGGUUCCAAAUAUGAUUUCCAGAACUAUGGUUCAGGCCAGCCCGAUGGCCUCCCGGGAGAAAACUACCUGGGAUCCUGGAGAGUGCAAAAAGGCCUCGUCACCUGGAAUGAUUAUGACGCCUCGUGGUCCUUCCCGUUCGUUUGCAAAUACCCCCUGCGGCAGAGCUGCCGGGAGUUCUGAUAACAGGAAGUGGGGGACGACGCAGCCUGUAUCGUGUGGCGGAGGCUGCGUCCCCUUCCUGCCCUGGAGCUGCACAUAUGGAACCAUUUACUGCUGUGCCCGGAUCCCAGCUGGUGUCCUGGACAAAGAACGGGGCUCGGGGCUUGCUGGGAGUUUGGAACAACUGGGGGAAAUGAUUCAUUUGCGAGUGAGCAGAAACAAGGGUUUAGAAAAGGGUCCCCUGCUCACGGAGUCACAAUGGGCCCAGGGAACGUUCUGCUUUGCUUUUGGCCGUUUGCGAAGUCGGCCGGUCGGCUUGUUUUCCGUCCCAGGAAGGGCCCUUUCGGCAGGGCAGGUGGGGCCAGGCCAAACAUUCCACCCCUUCCUGUUCCUUUCUUCCCUGGAUUUGCUGAGUGUUGUGACCGAUGCGAUGUAGUGAGGCCAAACCAACGUGCCGCAUGUUGUGGCUUCCCCACGCUUGCAUUUAGGGCUGGCCUGAAAACUGUCCCCCAAAUGCAUUUCCCCCCUCCGGCCCAGCAGGCGGGCACCUGGAGGAGCCGCUGUCCACGGGGAGCCCACAGGGGAAAAAAGGAGGCCACGGCCCCUUUGGACUCGACAGCCUCCCAGCUGCAUAUGGUGGCAUGUGUCCGUAGGGCAGCUGAGUGGAUGUAAACCCGCUUAGAGGCGCAUGGCUCUGAACCCGGCUAGUCUUUCUCCCUCCCCUUCUCCCCCCCACAUCCUCCCUGGCAGCAGUGGGGGGAGGCAGAAAGAGGUGGCCCCUGCUCGCUGUGCUCCCCCAGCUGUGUCACUCUGUUCCUGCCAGGGAGUGCGGGGCCCAGUGCCACAGCGUCCGGGAGAGCAGAGCGAGCUGCCGCCAUG